AUGGACAACAUCGACGACGAAUAUGAACGCUUCGUAGAACACCUUCACGACUGUACGAAGAAAGCGAAAAGUUUCAAAACCACCAACAAACGCCUGUCUCUGAAAACUCUAGAGCUGAUACGUCAGCGUGGAGCAGCACGAGCUGCAGGCAACCAAGAACCCACGAGGAUGGUAAAGGUCAUUCACGACUUCUACUCAGAUCUCUUCGACAACCACGUCCAGUUGCCUCCUUACCAUCUGAAGGAAGAUGGGCGUGUCAUUCCAAGUUUCUUCCCUCCGAAGUCCGACAUGCGGAGAAUCGUACUUCACCCGGUCCCCACAGAAUCAAGCCUGAACAUCACCGACACACUGGCGAGGCUCUUCACUCGUUAUCUGUCGGAAUGCAGGGUUUCUAAGCAAUGGAAAACCAGCAAGACCGUGCUGUUGUAUAAGAAGGGAGACCCACAAGACAUCGGCAACUGUUGCCCGAUCUGUUUACUGUCAGUCAACGACAAGCUCUUCACGAGAGUAAUCCUAAACAGGAUAGAAAGAUCAUUAGAUGAAGGACAAUCAUGCGAGCAAGCAGUCUUUCGGAAAGGGUUCAGUACGAUUGACCGCAUACACACGGUUUCAAAACUCAUAGAGGUAUAG